AUGGCUGCUGCACAGGAUAGCUCAACGGCCAGCGAGACCCAGAUCUCGGUGGACCGCAAGCAGCAUGACGAUAGCAGGAAGGAAAUGGCCGUGGAUGAAGAGGCGACAUCGAGCCCUAUAUCAAAAGCACGCAGCGGCGUUCUCAACGUCGCCAUUGCAGGGCUUGCUCUCUUUAGCGAUGGAUACAACGCCCAAAUCAUUGGCUACAUGGAGCCUUUAUUCUCUGUCUUAUACCCCAACUCCAUGUCCUCCGAUAUCAAGUCUCGAUUGUCCAACUCGUUUCUGAUCGGUGAGAUCUUUGGUAUGAUCUUCUUCGGUGCCUUAAUCGACCGACUGGGUCGGAGAACUGGUGUUAUUGCAGCCACCUUGUUCCUCGUUCUUGGUGUCGCCCUCGCUGCCGCUUCCCACGGAACGUCAGAGCUGGGGAUGUUCUGGAUGAUGAUCAUCUCUCGGGGGAUCGCUGGCUUUGGCGCUGGCGGCGAGUAUCCUGUAUGCGCGACAAGCGCAACAGAAGCCGCUGAUGAAACAGCAAAACUUCGCAAGAAACGAGGCUUUCUCGUCGCGUCGACAACGGACUUUGCCAUUGACAUGGGCUUUGUCGCUGCCGGCAUCGUCGCGCUGAUUGUACUCGCGUGCUUCCACCAGGAAGCCCGCCAGGGUGUCUGGAGAGUGUGCUUUGGCCUGGGCUUCGUGCUCCCGGUCAUCAUCUGCUUCUUCCGAAUCCGCAUGAUCAACUCGACGCAGUACCGUAAGCAUGCGAUCAAGUCCAGGUAUCCGUACUGGCUGGUGCUGAAAAGAUAUUGGAAGCCAAUGCUGGGAACAUCUCUCGCCUGGUUCUGCUACGACUUCGUCACGUAUCCAUUCGGCCUCUUCUCGUCCACCAUCAUCUCGCAAAUGAACCCUGACAACACGACCAUUCAAAACAUCGGUUGGGGCACCGUGAUUAACUGCUUCUACCUGCCCGGCUGCCUCCUCGGUGGCCUGCUAAUGGACCGCAUCGGCCGUAAACAGACAAUGACAUUGGGCUUUCUCAUCUGGUCCAUCUGGGGCUUCAUCCUGGGAGGCGCUCUCGGUCCCAUCCAGUCCGUCUUCCCGCUCUUCAUCGUCAUGUACGGCAUCUUCAACGCGCUUGGUGAAAUGGGCCCAGGCGUGUCAACAUUUCUGUGCGCCGCCGAAUCCUUCCCUACCCCGUUGCGAGGCCACUUUCUUGGCUUUGCAGCGGCGGUUGGCAAGGCUGGGGCGAGCAUUGGGACAGAGGUAUUUACGCCUAUCCAGGACUCGUUUGGCGAUGUCGGUAAGGGACAGCAGGCCGUGUUCUUGAUUGGGUCUGCGUUUACGAUUGUGGGAGGGAUUAUCGCAUGGUGGCUGAUUCCGGAUAUGCAGCGGGAAUUGGAAAGCGAGGACAUCAAGUUCCGGGCAUAUUUGGAAGAUAAUGGCUAUGAUGCUGCAGGGCUUGGGGCAUGA